AUGUUUUUUAUGAGUGAAAGAGGACCUAUUAAUAAUGAUGGUCCAUUAUUUGAUUUGAUCAAACAAUUAGAAUCAUCAUCAUCUUCAUUAUCCGAAAUAACAUUAAAUAUUGAUGUGAUUGAUCAAUUUAAUGAUGAUUUUAAUAUUCAAACAAGAUUCAUUCCACAUCCAUUCCCUUCAUCAAGCAUCAAAUCACAAUUUUUAAAUUUAUUAUUUAAAUAUUUACAACAAACAGAAUCGAAUAGUAUGAAUACUAAUAAUACUAAUAAUAACAAUAAUAAUAUAGAAUCAGGUUUAAAUGUACUUCGUUUAUUAUUGAGAGAAUAUGAUGGAUUAGAUUCAAUAUUAAAUAUUCAAGUCAUUGAAUUUAUUAGUAAAUUAUUGAUCAAAUACACUUUGGAAAGUACAUCAACAACAAGAACAACCAAACUAUUCGAAACUAUGAAUUGUACUUUUAAAUGUUUAUUAAAUUUAAUUCAUCAUUCAUCAGAGUUGAGAAUAUGGUUAUGUAAUAGUGAGGAAUUUAAAUCACAAUUAACUUUACUAAUUGAAAAGAUAUUUGAAAAUGAAAAUGCUAAAUUAUUUAUCAAGGAAAAUAUUACAAUAUUAUUAUUGGUUAUUGAAAAGGCUUUUCAUUAUUUUUCAAAUUGGAUUGAAAAUCAUUUAAACAAAUAUGGUAAUAUCUAUAAUGAGGAUCAACGUGAAUUUCUAAAUCAAGAUAAUUUUAUACAAGUUGAAAAGAAUUUGAACAUGUCAAUUUCAUCAUUUACAUUUAAACCAUUCUUUUUAAGUUUUAUUGAAGAUUUAUUUAAAACUAGUUAUUGUUUAUCUGUUCAUUUAGAAAAGGAAGAAUUACAAGAAAUUUUAAAUUGUUUUAAACCACUUGUUCAAAAAACAAUUCAUCUCUUUACAUCACUCUCUGUUCAUAUAAAUAUUAGAUCAAGUGAAAUUUAUAAAAAAUCAACAACUAGUGAUGAUGAUAAAGAAGAUGAUGAAGAUUUACUCUAUCACAUGAUAAAUUUCAAAUCUCAAUUAAAAACUCUAAUGAAACAUACUAUUCAGAAUUUGACAGAAUUUACUACUUUACAAAAGAAGGAAAUUUUAUGUCUUGUAGAUUCUAAUUCUAAUUUAAUACCAAAUAAGGCAAUAUUAUAUGCUUUAUUAGGUGAAUAUAUUAAUUAUAAUGUAGAUUCAGAUUUAUAUACAGAUUAUUUAACACCACUUGUUGGAAUAUUUAUAAAUUGUAUUAAUUUCUCAGAUGAAGAAACACCUACAUUGGGAAGUGAAUUUAGAAUAAUAUUUUGUGAUUGGAUAUUUGAAAAUACAAAUUGGAUAUUAAAUACACCUCCUCAUAUACCUGAUUAUGUACAAGAAUAUAUUGAACAAAGAACAAGUAGAAAUCAACAACAUGAACAUGAAGAAGAACAAGAACAUGAUGAAGAAGAUAUAGAAGAUAAUGAAGAUAAUGAACAAGCAAAUAAUCAAACUAAAAUUGAUGCAUUAGAUGCAAUUGAUUUAUCAUUUAAACCAGUGAAAUGUUUAUUUGUUGGAAGAAUGUCAGAUUAUAAUUAUAAUUUCAAAACAAUGAUUUGUCAAUUCUUAUUCAAGUUAUGUAUUGAAGAUGUUAAUGUAUUUAGUCAAAUAUGUGGUCCUGGAAAUACUUUGGGUUAUUUGGCAGAGAAGGGUUUACUUGGUAAUUUAUUAGGUCAAUAA